AUGACCACAACGCUAGCGGCCGCACGCCCCUGCAACAAGCGUUCACCAGUGGCCACGACGUCGUCGUCAGGAGCAUCUCUUGUUCAGCAGCGGGGGGCUUUGUGGCGGACGACGAGUGGUAGACGAAAGGCGACGGCGGCGGGUGGUGUACGGACGACAGCCGACAGAUGGUGGCAGGAUUGGGCGAUGACGGAAGGUGGAUGCACCUAUCUUCCCACAUGCGGCAGCAACCACCUUCUUCCUCCCCCAUGCCCCUGCAACGUGAAUAUCCUCAAGGCUCUUGGAGAGCGCUUGAGCGGCAGUUCCCUCGACGGCGUCGCCUUUAUACUCUGUUCCGACUUUCUCACAAAGCCCGCUGCCACGUAUGCGGUUGCGGACGGCAUCACCGGCGAUAACGAGAUGGAGGUCGCCCCGGAGCUCCGUGUCUUCCUGUGGGACAAUUGGUUGGAGGCGGCUUUUGUGGAGGGAGUUUGUGUUGGGCCCCCCUACUUUGCCAAUGUGGCUCAGCUUUGCAAACCAAGAUUUCGCCACCAGUCGCUCACUCAUGUUCGGUGCCGCUCAGACUCCGCCUUUCGCGCCGCAAGCAAGCAACCGGAGUUCACGCAUCUACCGUCGCCGCUGGGCUUGAACUCCUGCUUCAUGGACCUGGGAUUGAGCCAAUGGCGAGACCGAUUUGCACAAUGCAAUUAG